AUGGCUCAACUACCUGGCGUCGUUAACAAGCUUCAACCUUCGUCUCUAGCAGAGAAAUUUGAUCCCAAUCUCUUGAUACAAUUCUUUGUACUUUACUGUGUUGUUCACGCGACUUACAAUUACUUUCUGCAUCCACUCCGUCAUGUUCCUGGUCCCUUUCCGGCCAAGAUUACCGAAUUAUGGCGCACGCGACGGUACAUGUUGGGCAAUUGGCACCAAGACAUUCUUGACCUGCAUAAGCUCUACGGACCAAUUGUGCGUGUUUCCCCAAACGAAGUAAGCAUUGUCGACAAGAAUGCACUCGUAUCGGUAUUCGGUCACGGAAAGGGGACUAAAAAGACAUCUUGGUAUGAUGUAUGGAAAAUCCCCGGCUUGAGUAAUAGUCUGUGGUAUCAGUUCUUUAACUCGACCGAUCCUACCGAACAUUCAUUUCUCCGAAAGCGAGUCUCGGCAGUCUACAGCAUGUCCCACAUUCUGUCUCACGAAUCAGAAAUUGUCAAUCUUAGUAAUAUGCUUUGGUCGCAGCUCGACGAGCUUGCCAAGAAAUCGCAUCCCGUGGCUCUCCACGACUGGGCUUCCUUCUUUGCCUUCGACGUGGUGACCAAGCUCGGGACGGAUCAGCCUGUCGGCUUCGUCAAGCAAGGCAAAGAUGUUGAUGGAAUCAUACACUCCAUUUGUCAAGGGUUCUGGGAAAGUGCCAAUACGGGCUAUCUACCAGGCAAGACUUUGUGGUUCAACAACCCGCUGAGCCGAUUUGCCCAGAAAUUUGUGGGUAGCGGCAUCAAACCAGCGGCAUUUUGGGUAUGGAUGGGAUCCACGGUCCAAGGACGGCUAUCAGAAAAGGCGGACGAAGAACGGACGCGAGAUAUGCUGGACCAUUAUAUUUCCAUGAAGGAGGUAGACGGUUCCAGCGCAUCCUUACCGUCCAUCCUGGCAGAAGUGGGUAAUCUCGUGGGAGCUGGUGCCGACACCACCUCUAUCGGUAUUCGAUCCGUUCUUGCGCAGCUCAUUCUUCAUCCCGAGGACUACCGCCGCGUUCAAAAUGAAGUCGACGAGGCGGCGAGAGCGCAUAACAUGGAAAACAUGCCAUACACCGUUCUGGAUAAGCUUCCAUUUCUCAAUGCUUGCAUCAAGGAAGCCCUGCGGCUGCAUCCGAGUAUACUCUGGCAAUUGCCGCGCGAAGCACCAGCUGCGGGGAUCAAUAUCGCCGGUCAUUUCAUUCCCUCGAGCGCUACCAUCAGCAUGAGCCCCAUAGCUCAGAACCGCGAUGCUGAAACAUUUGACUCAGAUGCAAAUGACUGGAAUCCUCACCGCUGGCUUCCCACUGAAACUAACCCUGACGCCAGUAUCAAGGAGAUGGAUAGGUACAACGUCACGUUCGGAUACGGGUCGCGGACUUGCGUAGGUCGUAAUCUCGCUCUGGUCGAGAUCAACCAUUUCGUUGCCGAGUUCUGUCAACGAUACGAUGCGGAAUUUAUCAACAAGGAAAAACCUUUCAAAAUUAUCUCACAGUGGUUCUCCUACCAGGAUGAUAUGUUUGUGCGUCUAAAACUACGAACAUAA